AUGAGCAGCAAAAUUGGAGCUGCACACAGCCUGCGGAUAGAAGUGGAAGCCGUUGACGUGGAGCUGGACGAGGAUGGGAGUAUCUCGCAUAGCUCGCUUCAAUCCGCCUUUCCAGGUUGUUCUGGACUGUACUACAAGGGUACCGACUGCCGGCGGGCCGUCAGAUUUGACGGGAAAAAGUUCCAGCCGCCGGGUGGAGCGUGGAAUGAUCGAUCGUAUUUCGUCUCGCUUGGUGCCCGGUGCCACGCCCCAUUUGGAUCCUACGAAACGGCGAGCAAACAAUUCGAAAGAUCGGUGACCGCCGUCCAACGGAUGCUGGGAUCGUCCGUUUUUGAAAUGCCGGCCAGACGUUCGUUGCGUGAACCAAGGAGGCAGCCAGCGACCGGUGAUUGCUCUUCGGCGUCUACGGUUGUAAAUGAUUUGCCGCAGAUUUCUAGCCCAGUUCCAUCCGCUCCAGUUUCGCUGGCUGACGGUGCGCGAGAAGAUGAAGCCGUUCAAAAGAAGGAGAUCCGCCACCUCGGCGCCGAACGACCAUCCGAUGGGGAUAUUCUGGAAGGGAUCGAGGAGCGAGGACGGCAGCUGAAAUCCGCCCAACGUCGUCUACAGCCUAUCGAGCAGCAAUUCAUCGAUUUGGCUAGAAUAUCGACGGGGAAAGACCAGAUUAUUGAGGGGCUUCGACAAGAGCUAAAGGCAGCACAGGGUCAAGCUGAACAAAACGCGAGGAAACUUGCCGACGUCGAGGGCGAGCUCCUGGCCUGCCAGGGACGACUUGCCGCUCAGGAGGAGGAGUUGAACCUGUUGCGCGGGAUGAGCGCCGGGCAGACGAAUACUAAUGAACGGGUAAGCCAGCUAUCCAGUGAACUGCUCCGUAAGGACGAGGAAUUAUCCUCCAGUCGCGCCGAGGCCGCCCAAAAAAUUGCCGCAUUAACGAAAGAGGGGCAGGAGCUGAGGGCCAGUAAUUCUAGCCUCUCCGUACGUCUCGAAGAAGCUAAACAGGCACUCGAUGUGCGACGCGUAGACGCUGAACGGCUUGAGGCCGAGAAUGAGCAGCUGCUGAAGGAGUUGGACGGGUUGAGGCAGAUUAGGGAUGAGCUGAAGAUUGAGACUGUGGAAACGGCGGCCGAGUGGCGCCAACGAAUGGAACGGCUGAUGAAGGUUGGAGAAGAUCAUCAUCGGUUGAGCGAGGCUUUUGAGGAGAUCCGAGGCCAGCACGCCAGCGUGCAGGGCAUGGCCGCCCAGUUGACGGAGGACAAUACGAGACUGUUGGGGAGUAAUAAGGAGCUGAGGGCGAGGGUUGAACUGCUCGAGAACGAGCUCGACAUGCUGAACCAAAAGUGGAAGCAGAACUCGGAGACAAAGGAGGCUGUAUGGGAGGAGAAGCGCACAACUCUCGAGGCCGAGGUGGAGCGGUUGCGCGGCGAGUUGGAGCAGGUCAGAGGCACGCUCUCGACGGUGACACGCGACGCGGCCGCUUCUGCACAGAGAAGCCAAGAGCUAGAGCAUUCGCGGGAUGAGCUGCGCCGGACACUGGACAGCCUCGAGUAUAAGGCCCAGGAACCGCUGAAGCGACAGAUUCGAGCACUCAGCGAACAAUUGGCAGAGAGCCAGCAGCGUUGCAAGGAGCUGAACGGACUCGUCUCCAGCCUCACCUCCGAUGCGCGCAACAGCCAGCACGAAGCCGCCGAUUUUCUGUACGAAACGGCCAGCCGAAUU